AUGGCUGGUUGGGGAGGCUUUUUCUUUUCUCUCCUUAAUUACAAGACAGAGAAAUAUGUCAUCGCCGAAAACAAAAGAAUCGGGAUACUGUUUAGACUCUAUCAGUUAGCCGUGUUGGGAUACUUAAUCGGAUGGGUGUUUGUGGUGAAGAAGGGCUACCAGGAAAAAGAAGAGGCCAUCCAGAGCUCGGUCAUCACCAAGCUGAAAGGCGUCACCCUGACCAACAGCUCCGAGACGGGGCCUUACCUCUGGGGUGCCGAGGAUUAUGUCAUACCCCCAAACGGGGAGCAGGUGUUCUUCAUUGUAACAAAUUACAUAGAGACACCCAAUCAAAGGCUUGGAUUCUGCGCUGAGACUUUCAAGGUGCCGGAUGGACGGUGUUUAAGUGAUGAUGACUGUGCAGAGGGCGAGACUGUAGUAGCUGGCCAUGGAAUCAAGACUGGAUUGUGUAUAAACAGCACGGGGACCUGUGAGAUUCAUGGCUGGUGUCCAGUUGAAUACAGCCGGAGACCCACUGAGCCCCUACUGGCCGCAGCAGAAAACUUCACCAUCUACAUCAAGAACUUCAUCAGGUUUCCCAAAUUUGAAUUCUCCAAGUCCAAUGUGCUUGACACUAGCGCCAAUGACAGCUACCUGAAAGGAUGCUCCUAUAACAAAGAGGACCAUCCUUACUGCCCCAUCUUCCGCCUGGGAGACCUGGCCCGCUGGACUGGGCAUGACUUCCAGGACAUGGCUGUUAAGGGUGGGUCGAUUGGUAUUCUUAUUGAGUGGAACUGUGAUUUGGAUAAGGACGCCUCACAGUGUAAUCCACACUACAGCUUUACACGCUUGGACAUGAACUUGAACAACUCUGUCGCAUCAGGAUACAACUUCAGAUAUGCCAAGUACUAUAAAGACGAAAAAGGUGAAACCUAUCGGACUUUGUACAAAGUGUACGGGAUUCGCUUUGACAUUAUGAUUAAUGGCCAGGCUGGAAAAUUCAACAUUAUUCCCACAAUAAUUGCCAUCGGUUCUGGAGUUGCUCUAAUGGGAAUAGGAGCUUUUGCAUGCGAUAUGAUACUACUGUACAUGAUGAACACAAGCUCCUUCUACCGGGAGAGGAAAUUUGAAAUCAUUAACUUCAAGAGAGACCGGGCUAAACACAAGGACGGGAAGGCAGGGCACCGAGACAGGAAACUGAGGAAACAAGCUGGAGAACAUGCCGUCCCCAACUCCGUGAAAAAGGUGGAGGAGACUGAACUCACCGAAGUGUCUGAGCAGAGCCAGCCGGCCGUGGAGAAACGGGGGCCCACCAUCCCACGCAACACGGGGCAGCGAUACUCUGCCAUUCUCUCUCCUCAAGGUGGAGAGCCAAAGCAUCAUAUCACUUUCUCCUCACAUAACUAACACUGCUGACAGAGCGAGACAAACCACCUGCGAUGGUCUGGGUAAUAUUGCAGGAGGUGGAAACAAAAGUUGGACUGAUUUCCACUUCUCCCCCAGCAGCAGAACUGCUGGCAUGCCACUAACUUGAGUAAUGCAUGCCCUGAUUAAAGGGCCGUGUUGGCUGAGAGAAAAAAGUCUGUGCUCUUAGACCAGGAACCCAGAUGCAGACGGAUAUACUAGAACAGUGUUUUUCAAUGGCUGGGUUGGGAUCUGAAGGUGGGCUGUGGGAGAUUAGAGUAGGUAUUAUGAUAAUAUGAUGCCAAAGCCUCAAUAUGUACCUCAUAUGUGGGCCUAACACAGACAAAAUAAAUGCUGUAAGCUUGUGAGUAAUUCUUUUAGUCUGCAGAAUAAGGUUUUGGUCCAUUACUUUGAAAAGACGGGUCCAAAAACAAAAACACAUUUGAAAAGCACUGUACUAGAAAGCAAGAUAUGAGCAAAUAUAUGAAAGGUCUUAUUUUAUUGAUAGUGUUCCAGUGGGAGGCGUGAUGUAUCUUCACUGUGUUGUGAAAAGUGUAUUGUUGUGUUUGUCUUCCCUGCUGCGUGUCGAGCUGCCAAGGGGCGAUGGCAGAAAGUGAUCUUGCUGUGGCUCCAACAUGAUCUUAUUCACAACAUACAGAACUGUGGAAUGCAAUGCAUGUACCGUCAUAACUUACUGCACACCAUACUGUGAGUGGAACAUUUGUUAUAUCCUGAUUGAAUAUAUUGAUGAGGAGGCCUCUCCCUCCUCACUAUCUUGUUCAUGUUUAUUGAAUAGUCUCUUGUUGGAAGCCCUAUGCAUUAAGGAUGGGAAUUAGCAGGAACCCCCAAUAUGAUUCGAUUUGCAACACCAGGGUGAUAUGUUGCCCUAUUACAACUCUGUAAGUAUUGUGACUUGAUACUGUGAUAUUGUGCAAUUUAAGUUUUUUUUUUUCCAGCACUGGACUGUGAAGCAGCUGAAUCAUCUUUCCAAAGACAAAGAUCAUAAUGAUCAUGAGCAUGUCAGUCAAGUUUAAUCUGAGCUUUUAACAUGUAGUGCAGGCCUAAAGAUAUAAAACAACCAGCAAAACAGAAAAGAUGUGGUGUUUCUUCCUUAAUAAUCUUGACCUAAUAUAUAGGCUCACAUGUUGAUCAUACUACAAUACUUUUCCAUGACACAGUUUGCAUACAGCAGCGUGCAUGUGUAACUCAUCUUUACCUUCUAAAUUAUUGAAGCCAAAGAUCCUCAAGAUCUUUGAUUUAAAGUGUGGAGGUGCAGCAUAAAUAUUUUCCCCCUCAGCUUUUAAUUCCUGUGAUGAUUGGCUUCAUUCCCACAAUUUCAUGAUGAUAUGAAAAUCUUCACACAAAAAACAAAAAGAAAAAAACUGAUUUGUCACUGAAACAAUUUCUUUCCCCAUCUCUAGUGUUUGUCAUGUCGAUGUCAUCCUACUGAAACCUGACACACACAAACUGAUUAAUAAAUUAUG